AAUUUUUUUAUAAUAUUGAUACUGAACUGCUAAUUUAAAGUUCUUUGUAACAACCUUUUACCCGUGUUGUUGUGACUUCUACUCUCAAGUUCUUUUGCUUUCGUGUUCCUACACUUCUGAAAAAAUGGCGUUUUACCUGUUUGCUAGAGAUGCUAAAUGUAUGCUCUCGCUAACAGAACUUCCUCCCCAACAGAUUGGAUUUUUGAAAUAUGACGUUGCUGAAGAGGUAUGUGUUGAGAUUGUUCAUAUCAUUGAAGUACAUCACUGCAAAUGUGGUAGACAGAAACAACGGAUGUAUAGUAGCAACAUCAUCUACUGUUGAACAUUCAGUGAAACAGUCACUUGAGUGCGGUAGAACUUGCAAUGCAAAGGCUGCAGCGAUUGUAGGAGAAGUGUUGGCAAUGCGUCUCAAAGUGGAGGGUCCUGAUCAGGGGCAAGGAAACGGGAUCCAUGUCAAUGUAAAUAAAGAGGUUGAGAAGAAAGGUUUCAAAAAUCGUACAAAAGUUUGGGCUAUAGUUAACGACCUUAAGAGCAAUGGAGUGAAACUUAUUUUGGAUGACAAUGAAAAUGACAGUUGUCGCCCUAACUUCCACUAGAACAGUGCGCUGAUCCUCUUAUCGCACGCCUACAAGGUAUGCGGAAGAUGCUGCUUUACUACUGGAGAUUUUGUGUGUGCCUAUUUUGUGUUGAAUGCCCAACUCAACUGUAACUGAGAAGGCCAUAUUUUUAUUUCUGGUAGUUAGUUGUUGGCAAAGGAAGGGAAUAGGGAAAACUGAUUUUGUUUUCUAUUACUUUGCAGCUUCGAGUUCAUUAUGUUUAAGCCCUUGGAACUCCAAUUGUGGGUGACUACAAGUAUGGUUGGUUUGUCCAUCGCAAAUGGAACAGGUACCAAGAGUAGAUGUGUGUCUUAUCUAAGGUCCCUUUAUUACAUCUGCAUUGUAGGGAGCUUGUUCUCCCAAAUAUACCCAAUUUUAUUGAGCUUCACAGUCGAAAAGCGAAAAAACACUCGGAUCAUAGCUCAAACUCAGAUAUCCUCCAGUUUGUAGCACCAAUGCCAUCUGCCAUGGAAAUUAGUUGGAAGCUUAUGUACUCUUAUUAGAUAUGAAAAUAGGAAGAGUCUGUUCAAUUGUU